AUGUCAGCUAAUCGGACCUCUCCCCAGAAAUCCCUGGUCCUGGUUCCAGAGGAAUGUGAUAAUUCAUACGAGGGAUCGGUGUCCUUCAGGGAUGUGGCUGUAGAUUUCAGCAGAGAGGAGUGGCAGCAUCUAGACCUUGCUCAGAGAAACCUGUACCGGGAUGUGAUGCUGGAGACCUACAGUCACCUGCUCUCUGUAGGGUAUGAAGUUCCCCAACCAGAAGUUUUCAUGUUGGAGCAAGGAAAGGAGCCAUGGGCAGUGCAGGGUGAGAGCACACAUCAGAGCUGUCCAGGAGAGAAGUUAUGGGACCAUAAUCAAUGUGGAAAAAUCCUCAGCUAUAAACAAGCACCCUCUCAACAUCAGAAAAUUCAUACUGGGGAAAAAUCUUAUGAAUGUGCUGAAUUUGGAAAGAUCUUCACCCAGAAGUCACAGCUCAGGGUACAUCUGAAAGUUCAUACAGGAGAAAAACUUUAUGUAUGCAUCGACUGUGGGAAGGCUUUUGUAAAGAAGCCAGAAUUCAUUACACAUCAGAGAACCCAUACUAGAGAGAAGCCCUAUAAAUGCAGUGAAUGUGGAAAAGCUUUUUUCCAAGUAUCUUCUCUCUUAAGGCACCAGAGAAUUCAUACUGGAGAAAAACUUUAUGAAUGCAGUGAAUGUGGAAAAGGAUUCUCUUAUAACUCCGAUCUCAGUAUACAUCAAAAAAUUCAUACUGGAGAGAGACACCAUGAAUGCAGUGAUUGUGGCAAAGCAUUUACACAAAAGUCCACACUCAAGAUGCAUCAGAAGAUUCAUACAGGUGAGCGAUCCUAUAUAUGUAUUGAAUGUGGACAGGCCUUCAUCCAGAAGACACACUUGAUUGCACACCGAAGAAUUCAUACUGGAGAAAAACCAUAUGAAUGCAAUAACUGUGGGAAGUCCUUUAUUUCUAAGUCACAACUCCAGGUACAUCAGCGAAUUCACACAAGAAUGAAACCCUUUGUAUAUACUGAAUAUGGGAAGAUGUUUAACAAUAGUUCCAACCUCAUUACACAUAAGAAAGUUCAAAUUAGAGAGAAAUCUUCCAUAUGUACUGAAUGUGGUAAGGCCUUUACAUACAGGUCAGAACUGAUUAUACAUCAGAGAAUUCACACUGGGGAAAAACCUUAUGAAUGCAGUGAUUGUGGAAAAGCCUUUACUCAGAAGUCAGCACUCACAGUGCACCAGAGAAUUCAUACAGGAGAAAAAUCAUAUGUGUGCAUGAAAUGUGGACUAGCCUUCAUCCAGAAGGCUCACUUGAUUGCACAUCAAAUAAUUCACACAGGAGAGAAACCUUAUAAAUGUGGCCACUGUGGGAAAUCCUUUACUUCCAAGUCACAACUCCAUGUACAUAAACGAAUUCACACAGGAGAGAAACCUUAUAUGUGCACUAAAUGUGGGAAGGCAUUCACCAACAGGUCAAAUCUUAUUACACAUCAGAAAACUCAUACAGGAGAGAAAUCCUAUAUAUGUCCCAAAUGUGGAAAAGCGUUCACGCAAAGGUCAGAUUUGAUUACGCAUCAGAGAAUUCAUACUGGAGAGAAACCUUACGAAUGUGGUACCUGUGGAAAAGCCUUUACCCAAAAGUCACACCUCAAUAUACACCAGAAAAUUCAUACUGGAGAAAGACAGUAUGAAUGCCAUGAAUGUGGGAAAGCCUUUAACCAGAAGUCAAUACUCAUUGUGCAUCAGAAAAUUCAUACAGGAGAGAAACCUUAUGUAUGCAGUGAAUGUGGAAGAGCUUUCAUCCGGAAAUCAAACUUCAUUACUCAUCAGAGAAUUCAUACUGGAGAGAAACCUUAUGAAUGCAGUGAUUGUGGGAAAUCCUUCACCUCCAAAUCUCAGCUCCUCGUGCAUCAGCCAAUUCACACAGGAGAAAAACCAUAUGUGUGCGGUGUGUGUGGGAAAGCCUUUAGUGGCAGGUCAAAUCUCAGUAAACACCAGAAAACUCAUACUGGAGAAAAGCCCUACAUCUGUUCUGAAUGUGGGAAGACCUUCAGACAGAAGUCAGAGUUGAUUAUACACCAUAGAAUUCACACUGGAGAGAAACCUUAUGAAUGCAAUGACUGUGGCAAAUCUUUCACUAAGAAAUCACAACUCCAAGUGCAUCAGCGAAUUCACACAGGAGAAAAGCCUUAUGUAUGUGCUGAGUGUGGGAAGGCUUUCACAGAUAGGUCAAAUUUGAAUAAACACCAGACAACACACACUGGAGACAAACCUUAUAAGUGUGUAGUCUGUGGGAAAGGCUUCGUCCAGAAAUCUGUGCUCAAUGUCCAUCAGAGUAUUCACACUUGAGAGGAAUGGUAUGAGAAUACCUCAGUGAGAUCAGGUCUGAUUUUACAUCAUUGAAUUUGUUCAGAAAAAUACGCAUAUUAUCAUAAGUAGAAAUACCCCAUCAAAAUGUCACACAUUACUGUACAGAAGAGGGCCUUGAAUGAAGGGGGCCCUUCCCACAUUGUCACUACCUUCAUUAAGCCUUGAGGCAUUCAUACUGGAAGAAAAAGUAAUUUUGUCAAUUUGACAGAUUAGAAGAAGGCUUCUCACGAAAACUA